GCAAUUAAAAAAGCAGAUAAAAAGUAUUAAGGGAGUUGUCAAAGCUCUGGUUGGGGUGUUUGAAAGAACUACAUUCUAAGUGACUUCAGAUCAGCCUUGCGAGUGUCUGACGUCACACCAAGUGCCAAUGACUAGCGCCGUCAGCCGGGACAUCGACACCGCUGUUAAGUUUAUUGGUGGCGGAGCUGCCACAGUCGGUGUAGCUAGAUCUGGCGCGGGAAAGGGGACUGUGUUUGGCAGUCUGAUCAUCGGCUAUGCUAGGAACCCUCUGUUUUCCUAUGCCAUCCUGGGAUUUGCCCUGUCUGAAGCCAUGGGACUGUUCUCUUUGAUGGUCGCUUUCCUUAUCCUGUUUGCCAUGUAA